GACAUUUUGACUGUUGACCAAUCAUGGUCCGCCAGGCAAAGUCACCUGUGACGUAUCAUCUUUUAGAUUCAUUUGAAUUGCGCGAAAUUUUCUAUUUCACGUAAAAAUUGGUCUCUUUUCAAUUGAUUGAAGAAGAAAGCUCAAUCAAAAUUAUAAAUAAGUAUUAACUGAAACUCGAGUGGUGUCAGCAAUAUUGUAUCGACUGGAUCAGUGGCACAUUGCAAUAAAAACAGCUAAAUAGCAUUUUCAAUCUCAGCAGCCUUAGCGGCACAUCGAUGGCGCACCAGUUACAAAACAGAUGCAAAGUGGCUGCUUUUCGUCAAAUUUACCAUGUCAAGCAAGAGCUCUGGUGAUUUUCCAAAAGACCUAGCAGUCAAGCUAGGUGAAAUGGACAAGGCCCUCAAGAAUUUGGAAAAAUCACUUGAUCCCUUCCUUUCUACUCCUCUAGAAGAAUCAUAUCAGUCAAUGACACCACUUCAACGUGCCAAGUAUGAUCUGGUGUCAGCUUAUGCCAUGAACUCAUUGUUUUGGAUUUAUCUCCGCACCCGCGGCGAGGACACCCAGGAGCACGGCAUCAAGACGGAGCUGGAGCGUCUCAAGACCACCAUGCUGCGCGUCAAGGAGAUAGAGGACAAGGCCAAGGCGAUGCGCGUGGACCGGCCCGCCGCCCACCGCAUGGUCUCCAAGAGCCUGUGGCAGGCCAAGGAGAGGGCGCCCAAGGGCACGCCGGACGAAGGCAAGCGUUCAGCUGACGCAUCAGCGGAUCCCGCCGUGAAGCGGAAAAAGAAGACGUGAGUUAAAACCUAACGUGCUUUAACUGCCAUGUGGAUUCAUCGUAUUACCGUAUUACGUGCGUCGUCAUCAUCCAUUGUCGUAUGCAAUAAACCUUACAAACCACACGAG